ACCUAGGUAGGUACCUAUCUACAUAAUUACCUACCUACCCACCGCCGAAUAAACUACUGGACAAGGCAAGCCAAGCGCCAAGUGUCUUUAUUACUGGUGGGAUCUGAUCUCUUCUGGUUUUUUUUAUUUAUUUUUUUCCAUCGCGCCUAAAAAUAGUUCCGGCAUCGCUUUUCUACCAGCCAACAUGACCUCAGUACAACGUAUACCUACCCUGUACCGCACAAUGCUGUCCUGGGUAGAGCCAGUGUUUUGCGCAUCGGGCACUGUCUUGGCCAUGUUCGACCCAACACGUUAUAUCGACACCAUGACGCCUCAUUUCGCAUAUGAUCCACCUGUACAUCGAAUCCUCCUGGAUCAGGUUGGUGCUGUGUACCUCCUCAUGGCUUUCAACAGCGCCGUUGUGUUGAGGGUGACGGAUGACCUCAGGGUCUGGAAGGCUGUGAUGGGAGGAAUUUGGGUGAGCGACAUGUUGCACAUCCGGGCCACCGUCAAGGAGCUGGGGGUCGAUGUGAUCCUCAACCCCCUUGCUUGGAGAGCUGUGGACUCGAUAAAUCUUGGUAUUUUGGUGGGGAUGAUGCUACUUCGCAUUGCUUUUAUCUUCGAGAUCGGCUUUGAGAAACAAUCCAAGAGGAAGCGACGUUGAAAGCCAUUGUCAGCCUGAGCUAUUUAGAGGCAUCAAUAUCUAGAAUUGACUGAUGAUCUGUGGCGUCGUGGGAUCUGCUUACUUCACCGCACCAUCUUGGCCUUGUACCAUACUGUACAGAACUGUACAAAGUUCGGAUUGAGCAGGAAUUUGGGCUAAUUUAAAUCUAUACUCCGCUGGUCGUGAUAAUGCCUGUUGUUUGAAAUCCAUCCUAAAAACUCACCCAUGACAUGCCU